AUGUAAUUUGAUAUUCAAGUCUUAACUGUUAGAAAUAGUAGUUUUGUAGAAUAAUAUUCAGAUCAUCAAUUUAUAGAGGAUAUGAAUAGAGCAUCUAUUGAAGUGGAAUUUGUGAAGAAAUUAGUAAUAGUUGAUAAACAUAGAGUUGUAUUUUAAAUAUGGGAUAAUUUAUAAGUUUUUAAAUGAUUGAUUA